UUUCACAGGGGGGUAUACACCCCCUGCGAUAUUGGGAGUAAGAUCAUCCUCUCCACCCAGGAAAUGACUAACAAGGUCACGGGGGGAUGUACUCUCCCUGCGAUAUUGGGAGUAAUGUCGUCCUCCCGAAACCUGGAUGUUAGCAAUGACAUCACAGAGGGGGUGUACACACCCUGCCACAUUGGAAGUAAUAUAAUCCUCUCCCCAUCUGGGUACUGGGAAAGAUAUCACAGCGUGGAGGAUCCAGAACUGCAGCCGGUCCUCGCUUUGCUGUCCCUGUCCCUGUCCAUGUAUCUGGUCACGGUGUUGAGGAACCUGCUCAGCAUCCUGGCUGUCAGCUCUGACUCCCCCCUCCACACCCCCAAGUACUUCUUCCUCUCCAACAUGUGCUGGGCUGACAUCGGUUUCACCUCGGCCACGGUUCCCAAGAUGAUUGUGGACAUGCCGGCGCAUAGCAGAGUCAUCUCUCAUGCAGUCUGCCUGACACAGAUUUCCUUCUUUCUCCUUUUUGCAUGUAUAGAAGGCAUGCUCCUGACUGUAAUGGCCUAUGACUGCUUUCUAGCCAUCUGUUGCCCUCUGCACUACCCAGUCAUCGUGAAUCCUCACCUCUGUGUCUUCUUCGUUUUGGUGUCCUUUUUCCUUAGCCUGUUGGAUUCCCAGCUGCACAGUUGGAUUGUGUUACAAUUCACCAGCAUCAAGAAUGUGGAAAUCUCUAAUUCUGUCUGUGACCCCUCUCAUCUUCUCAAACUUGCUUGUUCUGACAGCGUCAUCAAUAGCAUAUUCAUAUAUUUUGAUAGUACUAUGUUUGGUUUUCUUCCCAUUUCCGGGAUCCUUUUGUCUUACUAUAAAAUUUUCCCCUCCAUUCUAAGGAUGUCAUCGUCAGAUGGGAAGUAUAAAGCCUUCUCCACCUAUGGCUCUCACCUAGCCGCUGUUUGCUGAUUUUAUGGAGCAGGCAUUGGCAUGUACCUGGCUUCAGCUGUGUCACCACCCCCCAGGAAUGGUGUGGUGGCAUCAGUGAUGUACGCUGUGGUCACCCUCAUGCUGAACCUUUUCAUCUACAGCCUGAGAAACAGGGACAUACAAAGUGCCCUGCGGAGGC